AUGGCGGACCUAUCGCAGCCCACUCAGCCGGCGACACAACCUGUUGAUGACCCACGAAAAUCCGGAAGGAACCUAUCUACUGUCUCCGAAGCCGACGCGACAGAUGUGAUCUGCCUGCUCCACCCGACUUCUCCAGCUGCCUUUGAAGCGGUCAAGGUGAACCUCCUCCACGGCCGAGCACACAUCCUACAAAAUGAGGACUUGGAUGGGAUAAGUGAGGAUGACUUGCUGUUCGGACCGGAGUUCAAUCAACCCCGAGACAUAGCCCUUCGAAUCUCCUCCCGAGUUAAGGACCCCAAAGACGGAUUCCGGUUUGGCCGUGCUGGCCACCAUUCAGAUGUGCUCUUGACGCCCUAUCAGGAUGACCCGCUGGUGAGCAAGAUUCAUUUCAAGAUUUUUGUCAACAGCCAGGGCAGCCUUAUGCUUCAAGACCUGUCUACCAAUGGCACAAUCGUGGAUGACCUGCACCUUGCACAAAGAAACCGACGGGGCCAGACAACGCUCAAACCGGCAAUGACAGUGCUCAAACACGGGUCGAUUAUUUCUGUCGUCAGUAGCCGUGACAAACAAGAGGUCAAAUUGAUGGUACGGAUACCUACCCGUGGUGACAACGAGGAUGCCUACGAGGAAAACCUCAAAAAGUAUCUCGCAGCUAGAGGGGAGGUCGCCCAGUUUGCUUCCAUGCGAGAAAGCUCCUAUGGGAACCACUGGAAUGGAGGCAGCCUUUACCACUUCACGGGCUUGCUAGGAAAAGGAGCGUUUGCAACCGUCUACCGAGUGCAAAGCAAGAAUGAAGGAAAGCUCUACGCGGCCAAGGAGCUCGAUAAGCGCCGAUUCAUCAAGAACGGAGUGCUGGACAUGAAGUUCGACAGCGAAUUAAACAUUAUGAAGAAUCUCAAGCACCCGAAUAUUGUCAAUUACGUGGACUGUCAGACAUAUUCCCAUUGGAUAUACAUCUUGAUGGAAUUCGUCCCACAUGGCGAGCUAUCGAAAGACUUACACAUAUUAGGGAAGAUCCCGGAGCCUGAUGCCCAACAAAUUACCAAACAAAUACUGCAUGCCCUGGACUAUCUGCAUCGAAGGAACAUUACCCAUAGAGAUAUCAAGCCAGACAAUAUUUUAAUCGCCUCCCGGUCGCCUUUGAUUGUCAAAUUGUCGGAUUUCGGCCUCUCAAAAUGUGUCACAGAUCAGGAGACAUUUCUCAAAACAUUCUGCGGGACACUCCUGUAUUGUGCACCAGAAGUGUAUCCUGAUUAUCACAAUUAUGUCCAAGGGCCGACAUUCAAACGGCGUCGUCUAGGUGAGCCUAUGAUAAGGCAGACGGCGUCUGCUUACGACCAAUCAGUGGACAUGUGGUCAUUCGGUGCCGUCAUUUUCCACAUACUCUGUGGCAAGCCCCCUAUCACUGGUAGAGGCGACAACCGUGGCGCCCAAAUGCUGAACAACAUCAUGACAAAGGACGUGGAUUUUGAUCCUCUUCGAGAGACUGGAGUCUCGGACGAUGCCAUUGAUUUUAUUCUGAGGCUCCUCAACAGAAAUCCUGCCUUGCGGCCAAAAGAAGCCGAAUGUUUGAGACACCCUUGGCUCCGCGGCAUCCCGGACCAUUGUGACUACGAUGAUCUAGAAGACGAGGACUCUCUUAUGAGACGACAGCUUGAUGUUGUCGAUGAGAUUGAUGAAGAUCUUCUUGACGACGAACUAAUCAACCACCUCAAUCAAUUAACUCAACUACCGUCUUCUAACCCUACCCCAGACCGUCCAGCAAAGAGGGUAAGAACUGCAGCAAACAAUUCACCAUCACAAGCAGAAGUUCUCUAUCCUACUCUACCAGAACCUGGCGAGAGCUUUCCCCCAUUACCUCCUGCAGCACCUGCCCAGCGUCUCUUUGGCGAAAUAUCACAGUCAGUGCUACGAAGCUCAGGUAUCUUUGGGGGGACGCUUCCUCCACAGGUAUACAACGAAGUCCACGACAUUGGGAAUCGUGUUCAACAGAUCAGCGUGAAUGAUUUUACAUCGCGGGAGGAGAUGGAGGAGAGCGCCGACAACUCAGGUCAACCUCUUCACUACCCUCGCGUAUUCGACGUCCCACGGGGGCAGGUUGAUUCAGCUGCAAGCCUACUCGGUGCAGAACAGCAAAUCGGCCAGCUCAACAUGGCUUCCCCGGAGCCAGGUGUGUCCGAUCCUGCCACACCCGAAACAGCAAAUCCCGUGACGCCCCGGACUCGAGAGUUGUCUCCUUCAGACACUAGCAGUCAUCAUGUCGACACAGAAGUGAAUGAUACUGCGCCGGCAAACGAAACCCCGGUAUUCACGCGUCGGAUUGACCUCGGUCUCUUUUCAAACCCAGCUCAAUUCGAGGCCGAGCUUCAAGUGCGUGAUGCCGCCAGAGCUGCAAAACAUCCUCAAGCCAGAGCCGAGACAUUCCAUGCAAAUGAAAAUGCCAGGGUCCAAUUACCCUCGAUUGAGCUCGCAGCUACGAUUGACGUCAGAACCGGACAAGAAAACAACGCUGGCAAGACAGGACUUACCAGCCGUCUUAUUCAUGGAUCGCGCUAUCUGACAGAGAUGCCGGGCGCUGGUCCCGGAACAGGCCAAUUCGUCACGCCUUCAAGGCGGUUCGGGACGCUAACCAGUGUCUCGGGUUCAUUUGCAAGUUUGACCGUGAAUUUGGAGGGACGAUUUACAUCAUGGGGCCGAGGGGUUGAUUGUACCGUCCAACAUCUCGAUACAAAGGAUACACGGAUACCAAAGUACGCAUUGAAAAUUACGUUUUGGGCGCCAGGAAUAGAAGCGCAUGUCGAACGAGGCGGGGAUUGGACGCAGGUUCCUGGGAUUCGAACCGUGCUGUCGACUUCCGCGAGCGGUUGCAUUUGGGUCAACGACGUUAAGCUGCGCAAAGAAACUCGAAGCGGCGAUGCCGCUCUUUUUGGAAAGCUCUACACCGGCGAUGUUAUCACGAUAUACGACGACGAAGAGGGCCAGUUCUUGAAAUUUAGGGUGGAGAUCAUGUUUGGUGACAGCGCACGACAGCGUCCGAAGAACGAGGCGGGAUUCAUUGUACAGGAGGAGAGGUACCAUCAUCGUCGUAUGAAGGAGCGCGAAAGUAUGAGAAUCAGCACGGUUGGCAAUGGUGUCGAAACUGGUUCGGCCGCCACGACGGUUCGGUUGGAGGCCCAGUAA